UUGAUAUAUAUAUUUUUAAUAAUUAAAAAAAAUGGAAUUUUAAAUAGUCAAAGGUGGUUAAGAUUAUAAUUGUUAUUGUUGCUCAUUAUUAUUCGAUAGUGGUGAAAAUUAUAAACUCCAUUAUAAAUCAGAUUUUCAUCGUUAUAAUUUAAAAAGAAAAAUGAUUGAUUUAAGCCCUGUUACAUUUGAAGAGUUUUAAAGAUAAUUUUUAAAUUCUAGUGUUAAAUCUUAAACCACUUCUUAAACAAAUUGUCUAAAGUGUGUAGCUUGCAAACUUUUCUUCUAAUCAAACAUAUAAGUAGCAUAUAUAGAGUAAAAAACAUGCGGAAAAAAUGAAAAAAUAUUAAUUGGAUGAAAAAUAAGUAAAAUUUGACUUUAUAGUCAAUGAGAAUAAACGAACUACAUAGAAUGAUGUAUCAAUAUGUUUGUUUUGUGAUAAAAUAAAUGAUAAUAUACAAUAAAAUCUAAAACACAUGGAAAUAAAUCAUGGAUUUUUUAUUUGUGAAGAAAAAUAUAUUAAAGAUUUAGAAGGAUUAAUACUUUUUUUGGCUAAAUAAAUAAAUGAAUAACUUGUCUGUAUUUUCUGCGAAUAUCAUGAAAGUAGACCUUUUCCAGAUGCUGAAAGUGUAAAGAAACAUAUGAUUGACAAAGGACAUUGUUUUAUGAAUAAUGAAUUGUUCUUUUAACUUUAUUGCGAUUUUUAUGAUUUUACGUCUGCUAUAAAAGGUAUUAUAGAAUAGAAUAAACAAGAACUCUAUUUAAAAUAUAAGCAAUCAUAAAUUGCAUAAGGUGUAGUAUUGAAUGAAUUAGGUGAGGCUGAAUUGCCAAAUGGAAAAAUUAUUGGACAUAGGUCUUUGGCUGUAUAAUAUAAUUAAUAUUAUAGACCAAUGGCUUCUUAAGAAUCAAAAAUUAAAGCUUUGGUAGGAGAGGAUUAAUAUAAAUAAAAUUAAGAAUAAAUAAUUAAAUAUGAAAAAGAAUUGGUAAAUUUUUAUUUUUAAUUAUUUAAUAUUUUUGUUAUCUAGAUUAUAGAAAAAUAAAAAGAUUUAAAAGAAAGUAAAAACUACUAUUUUUAAGAUUAUAAACAUAUAAAUAAUUUGAGAUAUAAUAACUUAAAAUUGGGAUUAGAAACAAAUAAAGUUCAAAAUAGUCACGUAUAUUAAGGCAAAUUAUGAUAUGUAUACUAAGAAUUAUAUAUGAUAUACGAUAUACUUUUUAUUUU